GGGUAAUUGCGCCGUCACAGCACUUUAUACUUUACACUGUAGUUUAUAGUAUCAUUAUACCCAGAAGUUCGCCUCCUUCAAUGAAAAAAGGGAGGGAUUUGCUCCAAACAAUAGGAAGGAGAAGCUAUCUCACUCUGCACAGCCUUACUCCCCGGAUGGAUCCAUCGCAGCGUUACUGCUACAACCCAACCUUGCAUUGGAAUCCCCAUGUGGAAGAAUACUUCAUCAAGGCAUACGGAGCUGAUCAUUUUUCUCGCAUCUCCAAAGCCCUAACUUGUCCAUCUUGUUACUCUUGUAUUCGUGUGAAUACCAUCAAGACAACCAGUGAUGCUGUUAUUGAGAAGCUAUUGAGAACUCUACCGAAAACUGGGUUACGAGAUGCUAUUGACAGCAUGCACAAGUGCAAAAGUGAUGCCAAUGUUAAAGUUAAUAAUAUGCUCCAGAAGCAGAAAAGUCUUGUGGAAGAAUCUAAUAUCCCCAAGAACUUUGAUGACUGUAGCAAUGCAGCCUUAGAAUUUUCCAAAAGUGAAGAUGCCCUUAAGGCAGGCUUACAAAAUGGAGACAUUUCUAAGUGUCAGUUACCUGGGCUAGACUAUGUUGUGUUUGUGAGAGGUUCAGGACCACAUGCUAUUGAAUAUAAUUAUGCACAAGAUAGAAAUCCAAAGGAGCCUAAGGAGGUAAUUGUGAGUCGGAAAUGUGCCGAAGCUGUUCUACGUGGUGCUCAGGUGUAUGUUCCUGGUGUAUUGGCUUGCAGUGGUCAUGUUGAAAAAGGGGAUGUAGUGGCAGUUUCAGUUGCUGUGGAGCAGCCUGGUCCUGAUGGUGGAUGGGGUAUUGGUAUAACACGUGGGACUGUUCUACAGGGUUUGCAGACAGAUCCUUAUUAUUUUGAACGGAAUGGACUGUAUAUUGGUCAAGGAACCACAUUGAUGUCAAGAGCUGGGAUCUUCCGCGUUUCAGAAGGAAUAGCCUUGGAUAUGAAAAACAGAGUAUUUCAACUACCUUCCUUUCAUGAUGUGCUUGAGGGGGAAAUUUUUCUUCAAAACCUGCCAAGCAUUAUAACUGCACAUACCCUAGAUGCUCAACAAGGAGAGAGAAUAUUGGAUUUGUGCGCAGCUCCGGGAGGGAAAACAACUGCGAUUGCAAUCCUUAUGGGGGACAAAGGAGAAGUGGUUGCUGUUGAUAGGUCUCACAAUAAGGUGCUCAAUAUUCAGAAAUUGGCUGCUGAAAUGGGCUUGAAUUGUAUAACCACGUAUAAACUGGACGCUCUUAAAGCUGUGCGGCGAAGAAAUGAAUUGAAUGAUAUGAACACUUUGUGUUGUAGUGAGGACACUGUGGGGCCAAUUUUUCAAAAUUCAGACUACAUGAGACUUCAAAGGGAUAAAAUGUCUUCCAUUCCUGGAGAAGGGUUGGGCACUGAUUUGUCUUGCAAGGAAAAUUUUAGCAAUGAACAAGAAAAGCAAAGAACAUAUGCUAGCAAUGCUGACCUCAGGAAGAAUAUUCGAAAAAUUAGAAAUGGACCUGGAAGAAAUCAUUGCGCAGGUGGUAGGGUUGGGAAAUCUGAAGGCUUUUCUCCAAAUAGCUUUGACCGAGUUCUUCUUGAUGCUCCGUGUUCUGCUCUUGGUCUGAGACCCCGGCUAUUUGCUGGAGAGGAAACAAUAGAAUCACUAAGGAACCAUGCGAAGUAUCAGAGGAGAAUGUUUGACCAGGCUGUCCAUCUAGUUCGUCCUGGUGGAGUUCUUGUGUAUUCCACUUGUACAAUAAAUCCUGGUGAGAAUGAAGCACUGGUUCGAUAUGCUUUGGAUACUUACAAGUUUCUCACAUUGGCAUCACAGCAUCCAAGAAUUGGAGGACCUGGCCUUGUUGGUGGUUGUGAAUUUUCUGACGGAUAUACUGAGGAAUGGUUAAGACCUGGUGAAGAAGAUCUUGUUCAGAGGUUUGAUCCAUCUUCUGUACUUGAUACAAUUGGGUUUUUCAUAGCCAAAUUUAGUGUUGGCCUAAAAGACACUUGACUUCAUUUUCAAAAAACAUGUUACUUGGAUUGGGGAUCUGAUUAUUGUGGCCACAGUGCAAAUGCUCUGGGGAAAACAAUGUUGAAGAUUGUGAAAAAUUAUAUAUAUUUUCAAUCUUUUUGCUUCACGGAAUUCUGGGUCGAACAUCUUGUAGAGGGGUAUAUGAUUGAGAAUUAUCACUCCGCCUUCAAUUCAUUCUUAGAAAUUGUGUAUGCAAAUUAUUUAAACAAUUUGUGUUAUACUAUGGUACAACCCUUUACUAUU